CCUGCACCUCCUCACACCCCCACCCACAUACUGGUCCAGUAUAAAGACUGCAGCCCAUCCUCAGCCUCUGCUCUCUGGACUUCUGCCUGCACUCGCACAACAGUUUAACAGACAGGUGACGAUGACUGACCUGGAGACCUCGAUGGCCACCAUCCUCGCUGUGUUUCAGAAGUAUUCGGAGAGAGAAGGAGACAAACAUAAACUGAAGAAGAGCGAGCUGAAGGACCUGCUUCAUGACGAGCUCCCAGAUCUGAUGGCGCAUGUGAACGACCAGGCUGCGCUGGACAGCCUGAUGGACAGCCUGGACACCGACGGCGACGCCGAGUGCAACUUUCAGGAGUUCAUGACAUUCAUCUCCGUAGUUACCGUCUGUUGCCACGAGUUCUUCAAGGACGAGCACGACUAAGGAGGUGGCAGCGGGUGGGAAGACAAAGGGGAGCCACAGUACAUUAUAAAGAAGCAGAAGCCUAGCAACGCACAAACUGUCGAUGCCCUCACAGCAGCGCAGGGUGGAGGAAACACAAUCCAGCCACCAGCCACCAUUACGUGGCUGGUGGCUGGUAAAAAGCUCCAGUCUAGCGUCUGAAAUCAGCCUUGUUUGUGUUUUAAUUUCUAGAUGGCAUGUAAAGUCUUCAAAAUGGCGGCAAAGAUUGGUACAAAAGCAGGAACUAAAGUAGCUCAAGCAGAACAAAUCUUAAAAGUGUUUCACUAUAUGUUUGGCCACUAAAGCCAACCAUUUAUCAAUCAAUACAUGUUACACCUUUAUUCCCGUACUCUUUAUCAUUUCCCAUCACUUUGUAUAAGUAAAGGCUUUGUAUAUGUUACAGGUUUUGGAGAAUGGCUGCUACAUUUGGCUGCCGUUCUAGCAGUGAAAUUAUAAAAGUUGUUUAUAUACUACAUCAUGGACUACUAAAUCAAUCUUACAGCCACAAACCGUCAGUUUGGGACUUUGCAUGUAAAACCCUGAAUGACCAUAUCAAGUUAACCGCUUUAGGAGUCAAAUAACUAACUAAAGAGCCCCCUUUAGGCAGUUAUUUGACUAAAUGAAAUAUUGACUAUCAAAUAUUGAAAGCAACUUUAAGGUUUGAUGUCAUAUAAUAAAUUAACUAACUGGCUAGUAAAAGUUUUAAAAUGACUUGUGGGUCCUUUGAUAAACCGAAAUUGAUCAUUAGGGGCAUUAAAUAAGUAGCAGUAUUUGGUUGCUUUAGUAGUAGUAUAAGUAGUAUGUCAGACAAAUGAUGACAAACACAAAGUUCUUCAAUAUGGCUUUUAAAAGAAUGUUUUUCAAACUACAAACUGUCUGAAGGGCUUCAUUUUGAUAGUGGCUUGCAGCUCAGUACUUCACAGUAUCAUAUUUUGGAAAUAUAUAUUGUAAGCUGAGCUUUAUAUUAAAAGCACCUGAAUAGCUAGUGAAUAGGUUUGUUCGGACAGCGAUGAAUCUUAAAAAAUCUUUAGAGAAUACUAAACUAAGAAAGUAACUAAUAAGUUAGUUCAGUCUAGCAGCCACAAGAAUGCAUCCAUGGUUUAAAAAAAUCUAUCUGAAUAUCACAUUUUGAAAAUAUUUGCAGUUUGCAUUGUGGGCUAGUCAGUUACUAAGACACUAACAGUCAUUUAAGAUUUUGCAUGUGAGAUUCUGGACAGUCAGUAAGUUGAGAAAGUUGACUUAAAGUUAGCUAACUCAGCUAUUUUAGGAGUCAAAUAAUUGUGUAAAGGGGGGAAAUACUGCGGAUAUUGAAACUUUAAAAGUGGGAAGUGAGGCAUGAGGGGGGGAAAGUUAGCUAGUAAAAGUUUCAAAAAUGGCUUGUGAGUAUGAGCUAUUCUAACACCUCGUUUGUUAACUUUAACUGUAUAGCAGUUGGGAAAAAAGUACCUGGUAAGUUGGGCUUCAUUUUAAAAGCACUUAAACAGCAGAUAGGUUUGGGAUUUGUUUGCCGAGUUCAAUCCAUUCCUGAAAAUUGAAAAAAGCGCUGAAACUGAAAAGGUUUCGUAGCUUUAGGAAUCAAUCAACAAUCUGAAGAACACUACUGGUUUGUUUUUAAUCUUACAUACUAUCAUAUUUUGUAAUUGGUUUGUGGGCUUGUUAAAAUUCACAACAUAGUGAUUUGGAGAUAAAUAUAAAAUAUCAAAUACUGAAUGUGACAAUUUAGGCACACAAAAAAAUAUUACGUUGGCUUGUAAAAGGUUCAGUUUGGCUAGAGAGUUUAAAGUGUUCUAGCUCCUCCGUUGUUAAACUCAAAUUAAUUAGAGACUUCACAGGUGUUGAAAAGCACCUAAAAAGGAUUUUAUAGUCUAGUUCUUUUAAUAUUUGUCAAAUUUGACAAAGCCACUAAACUGAUAAAGUGGCUGGCAAGUUAAAAUGAAUUAAAAAAUCAGUAUCAAAUUUUAAAAGUAAAUUUUAGGUUUGUCUAAAGUUGCUAUAGUCAUCUUUUGGAGACCCUUUAAUGAGUUUAUUCGGUCAAAAGUCAUCAAUGGCCACUAAAUCUUGAGAAAGUGUCUGAAAUGCUAAUCAACAUUAAGUAUAUUCUUAAAACGAUUUCAUUUGUGAAACUGUGUAUACCAUCAAACAUGCUCACAAAGACAGUAGGAGCCUUAAAUCUUAUUUGAUUGGCAAUGCAAAGAUUUUUUUUUUUUUUUGGUGCUUUGUGCUACUGUAGCUGCUACUUUGCUAAACCCCUGAUAUUGUCAAUUUGUUUUUUCUUGUUAGAAAAAAAAAUGCUGGUAGUUUUCUGUCAAAUUAUUCUUUUUUUCAUUUGCUCUCAAAAUCUCUAAAUCUAAAAAAAUGGCUAUUGAGAUAAUCAAAUUCAAACAAUCUAUCCUUCUUAAAGGUCUAAACGGCUAUCAAAUUUUAAAACUCAACUUUUAAUUGGCUCAUAAAGACAUUAAAAAAGGGCUUGUGAGUUUUAAUUUAGACGUCACAUUGGAAGCCUCUUUCAAUAGUUUGAAGUCAAAGUGUUUAAUAAAACUGUAGAUUUUCCAUGUUUUCCAUGUUAUUUACAUUUACGUUUAUUUGAUGUUUUGGCAAAAAUUACAUCGAGGUCAAAAUGGUUAAAAUGACUAAUACGUAUCUUAAAAUAGUUGCUGGUAGGCAAGUAAUUAAAAUUACUUAUAACUGACUUUAAAUGUUAGCUUGUAGUUGCUGUAGCUCUUUGUAGGUUUACAUGUAUUCAGCAUAAGAAGCAAAUCUAAAUCAUUAUAGAUGUAGAAAUGAUCAGUUAAACAGUGCAACAGAAGAGUUUGUCUGAUGUGCAUCAUGAAAUGUUGAAUGUUGGGUUGUUUGGACGCUGGUGAUACGAAUUUAAUUAAAUGGUCAGUUUGUGACUGAAUCAGUCAAUAUUUCUGUAGCAAGGGGACAAAGAAGGCUGUUUAUUCUUAUCUUGGGUGGCUGUCAGAAGAAUUCAGAGACGCACUGCAAUAAUAUUUACAUAGCAGUUCUGCAGAGUUGCUCAACCAUUAAAGGUCUCAUAUGUUGUU